GGACAGACUCCUGAAUUUCCACACACUCGACUACGACGACAGUUCAGUAAGUAAGAAGUUCGAUAGUCCAAAUAAAAUCUCGAUCGCAACUAUGACCAACUUAAUAAAGUGUAUUUUGGUCCUGUCUGGUCUGAUGGCCUCUUCCGCCUCGGUCCAGCUGCCAUCCAGCACCAAUGGCUUCCUUCCGUCCUCCCCUUUUUAUUUUUACAAUCCUGCAACGCUCCCGACCCUCAACUCCCACACUUCUAAACACGAAAUGACUUAUUACGAUUACCCUACAUCGACGCUGUUAGAAUCCCACGUUGUAUUCCUAUCAACAUGCAUGAAGGAUUUGAAAGAUUCGAACCAAAAAUUGGCACAAACGUCAAAACUUUUGGAGGAAAUAAAAGAUACAUCGACUAGCGUAAUUGAAACUUUAAAAAAUGAUCUGAACGUCGUUAAACAAGAUGUGCAAAGUUCAAAGUCCAAAAUCGACGAUUUAACAACGGAAUUGACAAAGAGUACGGCCGCUUCAUCCAUCGGCAAAAUGCCCGGCUCAUGCGGAGAUCUCCAGCAAAUUGGUCAUAAAAAAAGCGGAUUGUUUUCCAUCAUGGAAAGCAACAAAAUCGUAAACGUCUAUUGCGAUUUCACUAAACCAUCAAACGAUUCAGCUUUGCAAAAAUGGAUCGGAUACGCGGACGUGAAAUCCCUGCCUACCUAUUUCUACGUUCAAAAAAACGCUCCAUUCUCGACCGUUGGAGCUCCGAUUCCAUUUGAAAUCGAGAGACUCAACAUCGGUGGAGCCAUGAAUAUACAAACAGGGAAAUUCACAGCACCACGCAAAGGAGUCUAUUUCUUUGCCUUCAAUGGAGUUAGCGCGAUAAAUACUGCACCCAGUAAUGUAUCUGUGGGUUUGAUGGUGAAUGGUGUUCAAAUCGGGAGAGCCCACUGUGAUUCCUCUGCAGGCAAGGAAUGGGAAACUCUUACACUCCAGUCGACGAUCGAACUCAAAGCGGGAGAUUCAGUUUGGUUGCAGAUCUUAUUCUCGAAUGGUGCUUAUCUGCAAGACCUCAAUGAUGGUCAAUUUACCCACUUCUCUGGUUGGUUGCUGCAGGAAGAUCUUUCACCGUAGUUGAACUGACAUUUUCUUACAUUGAAUUUUGGUUCUGGUGUACGGUGUACGAUAUACGUUUCUGGAUGAAAUACAACUUGGGGGAUAAA